AUGUUGGACGCCCUGUUGGGGCUGGAGAUCGGGCCGACGACGGCUAGGGACGGGGGCGAGGCGACCCCAGGGGAAGAAGACCAAGAUGACAUCACCGCCCAUGGCGGCGGUGGCGGCGAUACGGGCGAGGCGUUUUCCAUGUCAGCGAGGGACGAUGUGGUUGCCGACUCGCCGCCGUUCGGAGGGGCGGAGCUCGGCCGGCUGUGCACGCACCUGAACGACAGGAACAGGAGAGCCAAGAGGCUGGCCCAGCGGUGCCAGGAGAUGUUUCUCCGCCUUUUUUUCAAGGAUCACUCUCAAGUGGUGCAGGGGCUGGUACUGAGCCUUCGAUCGAACGGUUUCAUCGCUUACGUUCCAGCCUUCGAUGCCAAGGGACCGGUCUACAUCAGCGACAGGGACGGUCAAGUACAGGUGGACCCGGCCCUCCUUGGCUUGCCGGCGGGAGCCGGUAACCCGCCUUCGAAGGCGUUCGCAACCCUCCCGGCUUGCCGCGCUCUCCCCGGCGCUGGCGUUUCGCUCGUGUCCACGCCACCAGCCGGAAAGAGCAACGCCGUUUCGGCCUACUACAAGGCAGGAGGAGGUGGUGGGCCGGGGCGAGACGGAGAGGGGGGGGAGGAUGAAGAGGUGCUCGAGGUCAGGCCACCCCGGGGGGGAGGCGGCAAGGUGCUCAGGCUCCGAGUCCUGGACGGUGUCAGCCUUCGGCUGUCGUGCGAGGUUCUCCCGACCCAAGCGCGCCUCCCCAAGGUGCGCUUCUUGCUUGCGGGUGUGGGCAAUCACCCCGCUUCCCACAGCCCAGCCGCGGCCCCAACGGGAACAACUGCAACAACGACAUCGGCAAGAGGGACCAGGCUCGAGCACCAGAGGUCCGAGGUCGGAGCGGGGCGAGCGCUCUUCGGGGGCUUCGUGCCUCGGAGGCACGCGCCAGCAGCUUCCCUGUACGACUUCGGCGGCAAGGGCCAAGGCGCUGGGAGCGAGCAGGGAGGAGGCGAAACGGGGAGAGACGGAGGAUUCGCGGGGGUGUCGUCUCUCCCGAGCAUCUACAACCAGGGGGGAGGGAGGGGGCUCGUGCCAGCGGGGGGCGGUGGUGUCUUGGAGACGCUCGACGACGCUAGGGUGCGGCAGUACACACAGGAGGCCACCACGCGCGCGCAGAGGCUCGGGGCAGAGAAGCGGAGCUCGCGAAUAACGAAAUCGAAGAGGCAGGGAUGA